AUGGCAUCGAACGAGCCUGGCCUUGCGCCUCUCAGCGCGCCGGCUGGAGACCCCAUCAAAGGUGCUAUUGGCGUACCUGUCGAUACCGACACCCCUGUUGCACCCGACCAGUUCGACGAACGUUACGAAACAUCGAAGUGGGAGAUAUGGUCGUAUUACUGCUACUACGUCGGAGACAAUGGCCUCACGCUCUUCAACUUCGGCCCUACAGCUUUUCAGAACCUUAUGUACGAAGCGGCAGGAGACUCUGAGGUGUUGCAUUUCUUGGGUCGAGAUCGCAAUAUCAAUUCGAUCGUGCUUCUCUCCAACGGAAUCAGUUUCGCCAUUCAGGUUGUCGUUUUCCUCAUCCUGGGCUCUUUCGCAGAUUUUGGUACAUGGCGUCCCAACAUUCUCAUAGGACUGUCCAUCAUCGCCUUUGGAAUUGGAUUUGGCUGGCUCGGAGUUCAUACUGAAGACAAGUGGCAUGCUGGUGUUGGUCUCUACAUUGUGGGCCUCAUCGCAUACCAAACGACAAUCACAUUCUGGACCGCUGCAUUCCCUGGCUUGGCGAGGAACACCAAGGACCUACGGGACAAGGCCGAACAGUUUGCCGAUGGAACGAUUACUCGCUCGGAGUAUGAUUUCGCGGAUAUGAUGAAGCGAAACGAGCUGUCCAAUACAGCGUUCUAUGUUCAGUCGGUCUUCGAAAUCCUCAUUCUGGCAGUAAUUGUUGGCAUUAUGUUCGGUCUGAAAGUCAAUGACAGCGCAGAGAAUAACAACUGGGGUCUUUCAGUCCUUAUCGCCUUCGCAACAGGUGUUUGGGUUUUGUGCGCUCUUCCUUGGUUUAUCCUGGAGAAGAGACGGCCCGGCCAGGAUCCAGGACGCGCAAACAUAAUACUGGCAGGUCUCAAACAACUCGGCUACGCGAUGCGUCAAAUUUGGCAACUGAGACAAAGUUUGGCAUAUCUAGCCGGCUACUUCCUCCUCGGCGACAGUCUUAACACAACCGUGACAGUCAUCGGAACCCUACAAAAUGAGAUCGUUGCGUACAACAGUCUUCAGCUUACUUACCUUCUCAUCGUCGGUAUCGCUGCACAGGCGGUUGGUAUCGGCGCCUUUUGGCAGAUCCAAAAACACUAUGGUCUCUCCACCAAGACCAUGUUCAUGGUUGUCGCUAUAUGUAUUGUUCUGCUUGACGGCUGGGGCAUGAUUGGCAUUUGGACGCAAAAGUUUGGCUUCCACAACAAAUGGGAAGUAUGGCUGUAUCAAGUCUUUUAUGGCUUGCUUGUCUGCCCAUGGUACAGCUAUUCGCAGACCAUGAUCUCUGAAGUCACACCAAGGGGCAAAGAAUUUCUUUUCUUCAGCUUGUUCUCCAUCGUCGGCAAGACGAGCGCUUUUAUUGGGCCACUGGUGAGCUCUGCCAUUAUCGAUGAUACCGGCAACAACAGUAGCCCGUUCUAUUUCUUGUUCGCGUUGAGUUUAUUCAGCUGCGCAUGGCUGUUCUUCUUCGUUGAUGUUAAAAAGAGUCGAAUUGAGCAAGAAAUUUUCCUGGAGAAGGAAAAGAACGCAAGAAUGCAAAACGAGAAUGUUGGGGAUCUUAGCUAA